CCGGGCGGAAGCGAAGACGCCCAAAGAUGUUGUUUGGGAGGUGGCCUUUUUCUCGCAUCCGGUAUUUCCUUGAUAAUUCUCACGUUCUAUUCUCGAACAAUUACGCCAACUUUCUGCACAGAAACGUAAGGAAACUGUUGCAGUAUAUCAUGAUGUAAAUGACAAAAAGACAACCGAAAAGUACUUUGGCUUGUUUUCGCUCGCCGUCGGCCGUUGACACGCUUCCCGCGACAUGCCCAGUGAUAAUCGAGGUAUCACUUCCGGGUUGUAGAUGCUACUGUUGCCCGCCAAACUUUGAUAAACGCGCCCGCCGCUUGUCAUUCUCUUCCCUCGGACGUCGCGCCGUUAGAUUUUAACGUCACCAAUUGCCGACAACAACAUGUCUUUAACCCCCAAGAGGCCGCGCUCCGAUUUCAUGAACGACUCCAUGGAGAAGAGGAUAAAGCGGAUUUCCAUCGAGGGCAACAUCGCGGCGGGAAAGUCGACCUUCGUCCGCCUUCUGGAGCAAGAGUGCGGCGACUGGGAGGUAGUACCCGAGCCCAUCGCCAGGUGGUGCAACGUGCAAACAAGCGGCGGUGACUUUGCGGAGCUGACGUCGUCGCAGCGUAGCGGCGGCAACGUGCUGAAGAUGAUGUACGACGAGCCGGAGCGUUGGGCCUACACCUUCCAGAGCUACGCCUGCAUCAGCCGCGUGCGCGCCCAGAUCCGCUCGGCCAACGGGAAGCUGCGGGAGGCCGACGACCCCGUGCAGUUCUUUGAGCGCUCCAUCUACAGCGACAGGUACAUCUUCGCCGCCAACCUCUACGAGAACGAGUGCCUGAACGAGACGGAGUGGUCCAUCUAUCAGGACUGGCACGGCUGGCUGCACAGCCAGUUCAGCCGGCACAUCCGGCUGGACGGCAUCAUCUACCUGAGGGUCCCCCCGCAGAAGUGCAUGGAGAGGCUGCACCUGCGCGGCCGCCAGGAAGAGCAGGAAAUCCCUCUGGAGUAUCUGGAGAAGCUCCACGUCAAGCACGAGAGCUGGCUGCAGCACAAGACCAUGACGACGGACUUUGAGUAUCUGGCCGACUUGCCGGUGCUGACGCUCGACGCCGCGGAAGAUUUCAAAGGCAACCAGAGCAAGAGUGCCGACAUGAUGGAGAAAGUGAAAGAGUUCCUGAGUACCUUGUGAGGAACCGCAGAGGAGGCAAGA